AUGCAAUCUACGUCGUCCCCGUCUGAUGAACUCGCUGCUGCACUGGCAGAUGCAUCUGCACUGCUGGGUUCUUCGCCCUCCCCGUCAAACCCAGCAAAAGACAUGGAGACCAUACUCAAAACCCGUUUAUUGGCUUACUACGAACGUCUGAAUUUAGACAAGAAACCAGAAGAGAUUGCUCAGCUGUCCACAUUGGAGGACUUGCAGAUGUUGACUGCACGAGAGGCCCUCACGGUUCUCGCACGCGUGCAAAAGGUGCUUGAUCUCGAAGCGAGCGCGGAGAGCGAAGCUCCUGCUAACCAGGUGCCGUCGAUCGGGACGCGGGACCUGGGCCAGUUACGCACUCUGCUCUCCCUCGCAUUCAAAUGGGACGCCGAGCCCCUCUUCGCGCGCGUCAUACAGGCGUGGCCUGUGACGCCGCACCACACCGGCCCAAAGAUCAUCGAUCUCACCGUCGACGCAGAAGACUAUCAGCGCCUUUCCUCACUACUCCUCGCUGUGUUCGCGCUUGUGUUUCCCGAGGGCGCGGAGGGCCGCAUCGCGCAGACGCUGAUCACGACGACAAUCCUGACACGGCACAUCACUGACUUGCUGCUCCCAGCUAUCUCGCUCGGGUGGCUCCCGCAGGCGCUAGCGGCGUCGAGCGCAAUGCCACCGCUGCACGCUGCACGGCCGCUGGUUAUGAGGCUGUUGAGACUAUUGACUCCUGCACAGGCGAUCGUGGCUCUGGGAGGGAUUUUGUCGGCGACGUCCCCGCCUCCACCGCUGCAUACUCGGAAGACUUGUUCGCUUCUUUUGACGAAACAGCUGCUGCGCCCCGAAGGCGUGCCUGGGCUUUGUGAGGCAAUGUUUUCGGCGGAGGAAACGAGCAGCGAUGAGGUGAAGGUUGAGAAGCUGGAGCAGAUUGCGAAGACGCUGAACACUGUCCCUGCGAAUAUGAAAGCUCAGGAGUACUACCCAGUUAUUCUACCGAGAGUGCUUAAAUUACUCGUCAAUGAAGCGCGAACAAGCUACCGCCGCGCUGCGGCGUUCACCGUCUACCGUGCAAUCUCUCCCCAAGAUCCUGGACCUGAAGUUAAUCAAAAAUACGCCUCCUCAACCAUCCUCGAUAUGUUGCAUAAACCACUAUUAGAAAUAUCAGAUACAUCGCCUGAACAACCGAAGCCUGACCAAACGGCGUUGGCACCCCACGAAGCACUCUCGGCUUUGACCAUCCUCCUCUCCAACACAGAACCGUCUCCGACAUUCAUCCCCCGCAUUUUGUCUCCCAUCGUUUCUGCGCUCUACUCGCUGCUGUAUGACCUUGACCAGGUGAAAACCGCCGACCCGAGAUUGAAGGAGUCGGUGACGGGACUUCUAGUUUCGUGGGGCAAGAUCGUGGACGAAGGCGAAGGGAGCAAAAUUUUGUGGUCUAUUGUGGAAGGCGGCAAGGAUGGUGAAUGGAAGGUCAACUUGGAAGGACACCUGCGGAAAACGAAAACUGUGGAUAAGGCUCCUGGACCCUCCUUGAUUUUACCAGGCCAGGAUCAAGAAGAAGGAGAGGAAGAUUUUGAUGAAGAUCUGAAUUUAUUCAACUUGUACCCAGAUCCAAUCCAUUUCGUGCAAUUAAUAAAGCAAAUCGAUCGGGGAGAUAUAGCGUCAAGUCUCUUCCUGAAGCUCUUAGAGGACUAUCGCGAUAUGAAAAGUCGCUCUAAUGAGGACUCCAUGAAGAUAUUGCACAAGUUACAGAUAAUCAUGCAAAUGCAAAACCGACUUUCCGAAGGAACGACCUCGAAUAUUCUGCGCAAGCCAAACCAAUUGUUGAUGUUCAUAUUCCAUGUACUGGAUUCUGCGAAUAUGUUUAUCCAGCAGGAUCAGGGCCCCACUAGAGUACCCGCUUCAUCUAAUAAUUUGGACGAAGAUGAGUUGGAAGAAGGAGACAGCGACGAUGAAGAUCCCGACUCGGAGGUUAUUGGCCCUGAUGAUGAGUUGAUUGAGACUGCCAUCACACUGCUUUUAUCGAUUCUUGAAGCGGAUGAAACUCUCAGUGCGCGGACACACCCUAUAUUUAACGAUAUAUUCUCGAAACUGGAGCUGCUGGCGCUGAAAGGAUCGUCUACGCUACGUCCGCUAGCGAGAGAAGCUCGACUUGUCAUCACAGCUCGGUUAGCGGAUACCUCUGGGUACAGCAAGUCGAAGAAGAAACCCAAAGGUGACGGAGAAGAUGCGCAGGAGACAUAUCAGAAGGCUUUGAAGUUGCUACAAGACCCGAUCUUACCUGUGCGGGCCCAUGGGUUGCUGCUCCUGCGACAACUAGUCAGCCCAGAUUUUGCGAAGGAUCAGGAACAUCAAAGUGUGAAGAAAGCAUUACUGCCUUCUAUACUUUCGAUAUUCUUGCAGGCUGUGCAGGAUGAGGAUUCCUAUAUGUUCUUGAACGCUGUGCAAGGUCUCGCGUCGUUAGUGGAUACAUAUGGGAAAGAAAUUUUGCAGGGCCUCGUUAAAGAUUAUUCAGGAGGAUUGAGUGGGCUCGGGGCCGGGAACUUAACACAGCAAGAUGUGGAUGUGCGGACGAGGAUUGGCGAGGCGCUCAGUUCAGUUAUCAAGCGUUGCGGAAGUGCUUUAGGGUUGUACGUGGACUUGCUUGUGCCGCCAUUAUUCGCUACUGUCAGAGCCUCUGAUGUUCCAACAACAUUACGCACUUCUUCUUUAUCGUUGUUGGCAGAUUGCGUGGACACGUAUCCAUUGGCCAUGCUCCCAUAUCUCGAAGAUCUGUGCCAAGCAAUGGUGCACCUGUUACAGAUAGAGAGCCUUCCUCUCCGAGAAACAGAGAAGAAAAAGACGAAAUCCGAAAAUGGAGAUGAGGGACAGAAAGAACAAGAACCUUCACCGCCACCACCACCGACGAUGGACUCAGAUCCAACAUCUCGGAAUAGCAAGUUCCCGCCUUUAAGGCGGGCGGCGCUGCAUUUCUUGUCAUUACUUAUACGAUCAGCCACGAAGUUAGUCUAUGAUGACACGGAUAUCAACAGUGCAGCCGCAUUCUUUUCAAAAGACGUUAUUCGCCGGUUGAGUUUGACAUUGGGGUAUAUCUCGGUCACUGAUCAAGAUGAUGUCGUCAGGGUAAUGGCAAGAGAAGCGAAGGAGAACUUGGAGGGGCUUCAACGGGCAGCGUUUGGUAUUUAA